UGAUGACAACUGUCAAAACAAGAUCCAAGUUUUGCUCGCAAAAAGGCACGCUCGCGUAAAAAUUUAUUUUAGUUUUCGGUAAAGUCGCGUUGUUUUGUCGGAAAUCGUCGGGUUUUUCAGCAAAGAGCAGCCUACCGGAGUUCAUUGGGAUCAGUGUCGAUAUUGAGCAUAAAAGGAAGAAUAAUAUCAAGCUGCUGUCUUCGAUCUUCUGUUGUCGUUGUGCUUAAUCAAACCGCAAUCCUUGUACCAGUCAAAGUAAACUAUGCUUAACCAGUACGUUAGCCCGCUGUCGAUCGCCGUCAUCUGUUCCUCGAACAUGAACCGUUCGAUGGAAGCGCACGGUUUUCUCGCAAAGAAACGCUUCAAGGUACGCUCGUUCGGAACUGGCGAUAAGGUAAAACUACCGGGAACGGCCGCUGACAGACCGAACAUUUACGAUUUCGGUACAACCUACGACGAUAUAUACACCGAUCUGCUCAGCAAGGACAAACAAUACUAUACACAGAACGGUCUUUUGCACAUGUUAGACCGCAACAGGCGUAUCAAAACUUCUCCCGAAAAAUUUCAACUUUGUGCUGAACGAUUUGAUGUGUUGGUCACAUGUGAGGAACGAGUCUACGAUCAGGUAAUCGAAUUCAUGGAGUCAAAAUCCCCGACGUGUAAUCUGCCAGUACACGUGAUCAACAUCGACAUUCAGGAUAACCACGAGGAGGCAACGCUCGGUGCGUUUAUAAUCUGUGAUCUAAUAACAAUGAUGGCUCAAAGCGACGAUCUGGAUAACGAUAUCGAUGAACUACUGCACGAUUUCGAGAGCAAAUGCCAACGGAGCGUGCUGCAUUGUGUGCUGUUCUACUAGUGCUGAGUUUGGUUCAAACCAGCUUCUACAAUUAUAAAAAAAAAACUAGAAAUUUUAUUUCCCAAUUUUCACUCUCCCCUUUCCCUGUGUACUAUACUGCUACCACUUCUACUACUACUUCUACUAUCUUUUUUAGUUUUUAGCAGAUAGGUAGAACUGUAUAACAGCGAAGUGAAACCCAAGGAAAACUGUUUCUCUUUGUAACAAUGGUGAACUGAAAAAAAGAUAUUUUUUACCAAAUCAAGCAGAACUAGGAUCACUAGAGUUGAUACGAUCUUGACAAAUUUAUAAUAGGACAGUUGUAACAAAUUUAGCUACUGAACAGGACAACGAGCACUGAUCACCAAUGGAAACCAUUUCAAAUAAAAAAACGCGGGCAAGUGAUCUGGUAUAACUGCACGAAACUGUGAAGCAUAGGUAUAUAUUUAAUAUAAAGAUGUGUAAUUCUUUUGUACAUUUAAUAAAGUUACAAAACAGUUACCGAAA